GCAUUGUGCUCAGUCUGUCAGUGCUGCAUCCACUGAGGAGGAGAGGCCCACACGCAUUAACCCUGAGCUGUGGACGUGCACGGACAGGGGCUUUCAGGACCGAUCUGUGAUCGUUUCCGUAGCGUUUCCUGGACAGCAGUGUCGCUCCUUUGUUGCCAUCAGUCGCCGGGGCUGCAGGAGGAAAGCCUGGGGAGGACUCGCCUCCUUAAAGCCCGAUCGCUCGGUGGCGGAAGGGACGUGAUAUGAACCCCUCAUCGGCUUAAACGCCAGUGCAGCUAAAUAGCCCCGUUUUCAGGGGGAGGGGGGAGUGAACGGAGGAUCAGAGAGGACAUUUCUACCUUUUAACCUGCAGCUGAAGGCCGAGAUAAUAUCCACGGAAACUGUAGCGAUGCCCGGGUUUGAUUACAAGUUUCUGGAAAAACCAAAGAGACGGUUCCAGUGUCCGCUCUGCAGCAAGGCGAUGCGGGAGCCGGUCCAAGUGUCUACCUGUGGACAUCGUUUCUGUGACACCUGUCUGCAAGAAUUUCUAAGUGAGGGCGUCUUCAAGUGUCCGGAGGACCAGCUGCCAUUGGACUAUGCCAAGAUCUACCCAGACCCAGAGCUGGAGCAGCAGAUCCUGGCGCUGCCCAUCCGCUGUAUCCACAGUGAGGAGGGCUGCCGCUGGACUGGCCAGAUGAAGCAGCUGCAGGGCCACUUUUCCACCUGCGCCUUCAAUGUGAUACCCUGCCCCAACCGCUGCUCCGUCAAGCUGACGCGUCGCGAUUUGCCCGACCACCUGCAGCACGACUGCCCCAAGCGCAAGGUCAAGUGCGAGUUUUGUGGCAGCGAGUUCACCGGUGAAGCCUACGAGAACCACCAGGGUGUGUGUCCCCAGGAGAGUGUGUACUGUGAGAACAAGUGUGGGGCGAGGAUGAUGCGGCGUCUGCUGUCCCAACACGGCCUGGCCGAGUGUCCCAAACGCACACAGCCCUGCAAGUACUGCGGCAAGGAGUUUGUGUUUGACACGAUCCAGAACCACCAGUACCACUGCCCUCGGUUUCCUGUCCAGUGCCCAAACCAGUGCGGCACACCCAACAUCGCCCGAGAGGAUCUGGCUAACCAUGUGAAGGACAACUGCGGCAGCGCGCUCGUUCUCUGCCCCUUCAAAGACGCCGGCUGCAAACACAGGUGCCCCAAACUGGCUAUCAGUCGUCACCUGGAAGACACCACUAAGUCUCACCUGACUAUGAUGUGUAACCUGGUGGGGCGUCAGCGGCAGGAGAUCCUGGAGCUGCGGAGAGAGAUGGAGGAGCUGUCCGUCAGUCACGACGGCGUUCUCAUCUGGAAGCUCAGCGACUACUCCCGCAAACUGCAGGAGGCCAAGCUCCGAAGCAACCACGAGUUCUUCAGCCCACCCUUCUACACUCACCGCUACGGCUACAAGCUGCAGGUGUCUGCCUUCCUGAACGGUAACGGCAGUGGCGAGGGCUCCCACCUCUCCGUCUACAUCCGCGUGUUGCCCGGAGAGUACGACAGCCUGCUGGAGUGGCCCUUCUCCUACAAGGUGACUUUCUCCAUCAUGGACCAGAGCGACCCGUCACUUUCCAAACCCCAGCACAUCACGGAGACCUUCAACCCCGACCCCAACUGGAAGAACUUCCAAAAGCCCUCCAGCAGCCGCAACUCGCUGGACGAGAGCACCCUGGGCUUCGGCUACCCCAAGUUCAUCUCUCACGAGGAGAUUAAGAAGAGAAACUACAUCCGAGACAACUGCAUCUUCAUCAAGGCUUCUAUAGAGAUUCCACAGAAGAUUAUGGCUUAAAAUACAACCUUUUGUUUUCAUAAAGGAGAAAGAUAGGUUAAAGACUGGAAGUGACACUUAAACCUUGAAAACUUCUACACACUUACCCUUUAGAAACUUUCUGCCCUUGCAGCCUCUCCACCACAGAGCUUGAAGCGAGUCUGUUUGGCUGUGUGAGCUGACUCGGAGGACCUUGAUAUAUCACAGAGGAGAAAGUGUUUGGUCUGCAGAACCAUCACUCUCUGGUGUUUCCUUUUUCAAUUUUUUGUUUGUUGUCCUUUUAUCACAGUCUACAACAAAAAGCCUUGGAAAUCAAACAGUGCCUAGAGAGUUUAUCUUAAGUUAUAUUUUUGUUGUUAUUUCCACAGUACAGAUGUUAAAGAUUAUGGAAAAGAUAUUUGAAAAAAGGGGUGAAGGGCUUCGCUAAGCCUCUGCACUUAGAGUAGAGAGAAAGUUAGAAGCUGGCCAGAGACGUCCCGUUGGGGUGAUCUAAAGAAGAGGGAGCUCAGCAGACUCAUGCUGGAGCCCAACUGCCUUUUGUUUCCAUGCUCAUACAGUAUACUCCCACUGAUCCGUUAACAAACACAGAGCCCUUGGUCAGAGACUUGUGAGGUUUGUGUACACACAAACAUCAAAUCGAUGUUUUCAAGUGAGAAACUUGCAUCUCCAAUCUUGGUAAUUUCCUGUUUUAAAGGAAAAGUGAGAAAAUCAAUACCACUCUCAUAUCUGCACAUUCAAUAUAAGGCUACAGCCAGCUGUCGGUUAGCUUAGCUUAGCAUAAAGACUGCAAACUUCCUGGAGUCUCAAUGGUUGCCUAGCAACUGCUUCCAAGAAAUAGCCCUCAGCAAAAUGGCAAAUUGUAAUUUUUAACCGCCUUUUUCUUUGUACGGAUUAAAACUGUGUGAGAUAUAAUGUAUUAAUUAGUGGUCCCUAAAGCUGAUUUAUAGCUGUACGCAGGGGUGUAGUGCUAUUUGUUUAAGUACCGGAGAGCACCUAUGGCAAAUUGUGGCUCAUUUCAAAGGUUAUUUAACUGCUGUUCCUACGAUGGCAAGUUUACAAAAAUAUAACUAUAAAAUGAAAGGAUGUUUUGCUGCCUUGUCAUCCUCAUUAGUUAACAGUUAGUUAGCUAGCUAUACACUGAGAAAAAAUUAUUUCAUUCACUGUGCAGCUCAAAGGCUUCUCCCGGCAGCUACUGGCAACUUUUAAGGUGGAAUGGUUUUAUGUGUGUACUACCAUUGAACCGAUUGAGGCAGAAGGCGGGUGAAUUUCCUGUGCUUGUCCAGCCACUGAGAGACAUGGAUGUUAUGCUACCAAGCAGACUAAUCACAGUUGUUGUGGUCUGCACCUAUACACUAGCACAUGUAAAACUCACCAAUUAACCACUUAAUAUAUUGUUUUAUAUUGUUUAAUCCUCUGUCCUUUAUCUUUGGACAGGGCCAGGCUAGUUGUUUCCUCCUGUUUCUCAUCUUUGUGCUAGGCUAAGCUAACUGGCUGCUACGGAAAGAUAUGACAGUGGUAUAAAUCUUUUUAUCUAACACAGCAAAAAAGGGAAUAAACGUAUUUCCCAAAAUGUCAAACUAUACCUUUAACUAAAAUUAAACAUGCCUCUCCUACUGCUGAGAAAAUCCUACAAUUUUUGGGCACUAAAAAUGCAACUGUCAAGCUCAACCAAGGCUGUUUUUUGUUUAGUUUUUUUACCCAAUAACAUCAAAGCUCUGAAUCGGUCUCUUGUAGUUAACCACUCCCAUCACAGGAACUGUGUAGCUUCAGGAGCAUGCCAGUGUACCAAACACACACUUCAUAAUGACCCUACGAGGCUUUGUGUCUAUAGAGUGUUGCAGGGAUUGUAGGCCAACCCAAAAAGUUAGCAUCGCCCUCGUUCCCUCGACAUUUUUUUAAAAUAAAAACAAAUGAAUGUUUAUGAUACUGAUGAUAGAUUUUGUACAUGAACACCAUAGUUAUGAUUUUUUUAGCCUAAAUGCAAUUGCCAAAAAUUAAAAGUAUCAUGCACCAAAGCUUGACGGCUUCCAACUGAUUUCUCGUGUUCGGUGUGAUGACGUUUGUAGUCUCAGUCAGCCACUUGUUAGCAACUGCCUUUUUUUAAAGAACCCCUUAACUUCCAGAUGAGGGAACUGGAAGUGCAAAAAUGCUAAUACAUUUUGGGUUUUAGGACUCAUUCCAACAGCACUCUAUUGUGAAGUCCACUGAGGGGAAGGG